AUCUCCUAUCUAUCUAACUAUAUCUUGCUUGCUCGCUCGCGCUUUCUUCUUCAACCCCUCCUCCUCGGCUUCUAUCUAACAUUCUAUCACUCUCCCUAUCCCGUUUUUAUCUACCCAAUAAACUCGCUAUCCCAAUAGCUUUUCUGGAAUCCAGCUUCCUAGCUUUCGACGCUUCUUCACUGUUCGAGGCGGAGGCAUCGAGGCAAUGGACUCAAAGGAAGCAGCUUUGUCUCCAUCAUCUGAAGUUUCAGAUAUGAAAAUUGCUGGAAUGGGUAGUGACACUUAUGCGGGGUUUCCUGGUGAUGGUAUGAUUGUGGAGGGUAAAGAGGGGACGUUGGAUGAGGAGAACAUAGGGAAUGGAAUUGGCGGAGCGAAUUCCGAUGACCCUUUGGCGGGUUCGCCGGUUACUGAGAAGGGCAUCCCAGUUUCUGAGGUUUUGGUGAAUGAUGAUGGUGAUAGUCUUAAUAAAAUUGGGGGUUUAGAGGGUGAGAAGGGUGUUGAGAGAGAUGGGGUUUUGCUGGAGAAAGAAUAUAGUGUUGAGAAUGGUUUCCCUAAUUCAGUUGUGCUUGUAAAUGGUGUUGAGGGGUUGAAUGGGAGUGCUACUGAGGUUCAACCUGGUGGUUUAGAGGGUUCCGGGGCUAGUAGUGGGGAUAAGGUUGCUAAGGAUGAGUUUGUAAAUCCUGUGAGUGAAGGGGGCUCCACCGUGAAGGCGGAGGGAAACAAUGUGAAAAGUCAGGAAGUGGAGGAGGAUAAGUCAGUUGGGGCUUCGAGUGUUGAGACUUUGACUAAUGUUUUGGAGGAUACUACUGAGAAGGUUGUGCCAAAACCCGAGGUUUUGGUGAAUGAUGAUGUUGAGAAUCUUAAUAAUGUUGGGGCCUUGGAGGGUGAGAAGAUUGUUGACGGAGAUGGGGCUUUGUUGGAUGAAGAAUUUAGGAGUAGAAGAGAAUCUGAGGGCUCCGGUUCUAGUGUUGACAAUGGCUUCCCUAAUUCAACUGGCAUUAAUGAGUUGAAUGGAAGUGCUAGCAAGGUUGAGGAUAAGGUGACCGCAGAUGAGAAGUUUAAUGAAUUUGUGAAUCCUUCAAGUGAAGGGGACUCUGUCGUGCAUCUGGACAAGGUGGAGGAGGUUAAUUUGAAAGGUGAAGAGGACAAGACAGUUGGGGAAACCGUAAAUGUUAAUCUUUCAGAGGAAGAGGUUGCUAUUGUUGGGGAAGAAGGAAAGGAUGUGGAAAAGCAGGAGGUUCCAGUUGAGGGUGUGGCAUCAAUCAAUGGAACUGAUGAAAUGAAGCAACUUAACGAAGAUGUGACUGGUAUGACGGUAAGUGAAGUAGAUGACCAGAUGACUAAAUCUGAAACUGUUAAACCAAAAGCUAUCAAUCUUGAUGUGUCUGAGCAUUUUGGCGAAAGUAUAAAUGAUACUAGAAGUACAGAAAUAGAGAAGCUGCCAGAUAAAGAAACAAAUCAAAUGGCAUCAGAUACUAUACACAGUAAUGGCGGGCCUAUUAGCAUUCAGAGUGACAUGGAAGAUGAGGUUUCCAGAGUAGCUAGUUUUCCAGUUUCUGAUGAGCAAAGCUCAAAAGUUUAUGCCCGGGAAAUACCAGGAGGUGAAGAUGACACCAAUUAUCAGAUAAAUGGAGAUGGUGGUGACCUAGAAGGCUUAAUUUCUGAUCAGGAAUCAGAUGGUAUGAUUUUUGGAAGCUCUGAAGCAGCCAGACAGUUCAUUGAGGAGUUGGAAAGGGAGUCGGGUCACGUUCCUCAUUCAGGAGGUGAGGCUUCACGUGAUGUUGAGCAGAGGAUUGAUGGACAGAUUGUAACAGACUCAGACGAGGAGGUAGACACUGACGAGGAAGGGGACGGGAAUCAAAUGCUUAAUUCCUCUGCCUUAGCUGCUUUGUUGAAAGCUGCAACAGGUGCUGACCCUAAUGGUGGAAGUAUCACAAUAACCUCUCAGGAUGGAUCUAGGCUAUUCUCAGUGGAGCGUCCUGCUGGAUUGGGAUCAUCACUCCGUUCUCUGAGAGCUGCUCCCCCAUCAAACCGUUCCAAUCUUUUUACUCCCACACUUUCAAAUAGCUCUGAAUCUGAGAACAACUUGAGUGAAGAAGAAAAGAAGAAGCUUGAGAAGCUGCAGAACAUCAGAGUAAAAUUUUUUAGACUUGUUCAGAGGUUGGGCUUCACCUCAGAUGAAUCCAUAGCUACCCAGGUUCUGUACAGGCUGUCACUCAUUGCAGGAAGGCAAAACAGCCAACUCUUUAGCUUAGAUACGGCCAGGUCAACAGCUCUGCAGCUUGAAACUGAGGGGAAAGAUGAUCUAGACUUCUCUGUGAAUAUACUAGUUCUUGGAAAGUCUGGAGUGGGAAAGAGUGCCACCAUAAAUUCUAUUCUUGGAGAAGAGAUGGCUCCAAUUAAUGCAUUUGCACCUGCGACUACUAGUGUGAAAGAAAUAUGUGGAAAUGUACAUGGAGUCAAGAUUCGGGUCUUUGAUACACCUGGUCUGAAGUCCUCUGCUAUGGAACAGGCUUACAACCGCAGUGUCUUGUCAACAGUUAAAAAGUUCACAAAGAAGAACCCAAUAGAUAUUGUCCUCUAUGUAGAUCGAUUGGAUGCACAAACCAGAGAUCUUAAUGAUCUACCGCUGCUGAGGACUAUCACGAGCUCCCUUGGCUCUGCUAUCUGGCGAAGUUCCAUUGUCACCAUGACACAUGCAGCUUCUGCACCUCCCGAGGGGCCUACUGGUUCUCCUUUGAGUUAUGAUGUGUUUGUUAAUCAAAGAUCACGCGUUGUUCAGCAGUCUAUCGGGCAUGCUAUGGGAGACCUACAUAUGAUGAGUCCAAGUAUGAUGAAUCCCGUUUCUCUUGUUGAAAACCAUCCUGCUUGUCGAAGGAAUAGGGAGGGCGAGAGGAUACUACCUAAUGGCCAGAUUUGGAAGCCACAGUUACUGUUGCUAUGCUAUUCAAUGAAGAUCUUGGCUGAAGCAAAUUCUCUUUCCAAGCCUCAAGAUCCAUUUGACCACCGUAGGCUAUUUGGUUUUCGUGCCCGCGCACCACCUCUUCCAUACAUGUUGUCUUCAAUGUUACAAUCGCGUGCACACCCAAAGCUAUCUGCUGAACAGGGUGGUGAUAAUGUUGAUUCUGAUAUUGACUUGGAUGACUUGUCUGAUUCUGAUCAAGAAGGAGAAGAUGAGUAUGACCAGCUCCCUCCCUUUAAGCCUCUCCGGAGAGCUCAAAUUGCAAAUCUCAGUAAAGAACAAAAGAAGGCAUACUUUGAUGAGUAUGACUAUCGAGUGAAACUCCUUCAGAAGAAGCAAUGGAGAGAAGAGUUGAGAAGAAUGAGAGAGAUGAAAAACAGAGGCAAGAGUGCUGCUGCACUUGAAUAUGACAACAAUGACGAAGAUGCCCCAGCUCCUGUGGCCGUUCCGUUACCUGAUAUGGUCCUUCCUCCUUCCUUUGAUGGCGAUAAUCCUACAUUCAGGUAUCGAUUCUUGGAGUCAACAUCACAGUUUCUAGCGAGGCCAGUUUUAGAUGCACAUGGCUGGGACCAUGAUUGUGGUUAUGAAGGUGUCAACGUUGAACACAGUCGAGCAUUUGCAAAUCGUUUCCCUGCAGCAAUUACUGUCCAAGUCACAAAAGACAAGAAAGAUUUCACUAUAAGUUUAGACUCUUCUGUUUCUGCUAAACACGGAGAGAAUGGAUCAAGCAUGGCAGGUUUUGACAUUCAAAACAUUGGAAAGCAGCUUGCAUAUAUUGUUCGGGGUGAAACAAAGUUCAAGAAUUUGAAAAAGAACAAGACAGCUGGUGGAGUAUCUGUUACAUUCCUCGGUGAAAAUAUAGUAACUGGGCUUAAGGUCGAAGAUCAGAUUACUUUUGGCAGGCAGUAUGGUCUGGUUGGCAGUGCGGGCGUGGUCAAAUCGAAGCAGGAUACAGCCUAUGGAGCCAAUAUUGAACUGCAGCGUAGGGAAGCCGAGUACCCAAUUGGUCAGGUUCAAUCUACAGUUAGUAUGUCUCUGAUUAAAUGGAGAGGGGACUUCGCAAUGGGAUUCAACGGUUUGGCUGAAUUCUCUACUGGCCGUAAUUCAAAGGUGGCUGUUCGGGCAGGACUAAACAACAAACUCAGUGGCCAGAUCUCAGUGAGGACUAGCAGCUCCGACAAUCUCUCUCUUGCACUAGCGGGCAUCCUUCCUGUCGCAGUUGCCAUCUACCGGAAGCUUUAUCCAGGUGCUGCUGAGAAUUACUCAAUCUACUAGAUCCCGCUUCAGUGGUACUCGUUAGUUUACAUUAGUAUUUUUCCUCUUUACCAAUAAUUGCUUUAUCUUCAUUUAAUCUAGGACUGCUGAGCAGCUGCUCCUACUAAGUUGAGAUUAUUUGUGUCAUAAUAAGUACUUAUGAGUCAAGACAAUCAUCAUACUUUUCACUGCUCCUCUUGAUGAUUAUAUCCAUUUUUGUGGGUUCAAAUUUUAUCGUCUUCGUCUGUGUAUGCCAUACAUUUUGUACACUGAAUUUUGGUAAGAUUCUGAAUGAGAUCAUUCCUUUUAGCUUUAA